AAACAUUUUCGCUGACCACGGCUCUUCGGUUGCCCGUUGCUCCAAAGUUCCCGCCACUUUGAGGAGCCGUGUAAAUGUCGAAGUCGAGCAGAAGCACCGCCACACGUCGACAGAAAGUAAGAUUUUUUUAUAUUUUUUUUUGUCUCAUCAUUUAUUGUUAGUGAUCAUAAAAGUAAAGUAGCAGAUUAUACACAUAGCGUGGCACGUGACACGCGCAAGUCAAUGAGUUUUGUGCAGCAGAUGUUUGGCUGGUGUAAACCUUCAGUUUAGGUUUGUAUUACCGGUUACCUGCCGUAUAAAUGUUAAUGUAUCCAUUUUAAAGGAGACAAAGAGAUAGGUGAGCACGAAACAAAAGAAGACUACUCUCUUGGCUAUUUGAAAAUAAGAGUUCCAUUUCUUGAACUAAUAAUAAUUUCAGGCAGGUCGUAAGUGCCCGAAUUCUUGUUACAACCCAUUUUUACCAAUGCAUCAUUUUGAACCAAAUAAUAGACAAGUACAAAUAUUUAAUUUUAUCUACUAGAAUUAUCAAGACCAAUCACCAUUAUAGUAUCACAAAUUAAAUAUAUAUCUAUAUCUAUAUAUAAAUACACACACACAUAUAUAUAGUGACACCUCGACUUACGAAACGCUCUAAAUACGAAUUUUUCGAGAUGAGAAUUUUUUCACAAGCCAUUUUGAGUUCUACAUACGAAACUAGAUUCGAGAAUGCUUAAGUACGGUGGAGCGUGAGAGAGCGAUCUCAUUGCUUCACGUCAUGCAACACAGAGAAAUCUACAAAUAUAGUGUAAUCGGUACUAGGUUGAUUGGAAUAAGUACUUAGUUAUCACACUCUGCACCCCAUAUUGUUCACUUCAUCAAUUUUAUGAUGGAAGGUGAUUUUCUCACUACAUACAUACGCAUCGUGGACAACCAAAGAUUUGAUAAAUAAAAAUGUGUAAUGGUAAACAAAAAACACAGUUAUGGCCUAAAAUGCAUCAAAUUCUCAUUCGUGUGAUCCAUGUCUUUGCCGUUUCUUAAUUUAGGUAAGUUUUAGUAGUUAUUAUUAUUAUUAUUAUUAUUUAAAAAAAUUAUUAUUUUUAAAUCGGAGAACGGAUUAGUUCAUUUCCCGUAGGAUGUCAUGAGAAAUUGGCUUUCGAGAUAUGAACUUUUUGAGAUACGAAACACCGUCAGGAACGUAUUAAGUUCGUGAGUCAGCUGUAUUUUGAUAUUGAUAUGGCGAACCGCAAAGAAGUCCACUCUCUCACUAAAUGGGGUUACGACGCAGACCUGUUUACUCUUAUGAUUUUGGCGUACAAUGUACGAUUUUGAGGUUAUAAAUUAUAUAUACUACAUGUUUAUUUUUUACUAUUAAGAUAAGGUAUUGAACGAUUUUGUGAUGAUAUUGUACGAUUUUAAGAGUUUGAGUGUAAACAGGUCUGACGACGUAAAGCUACACAUUUUCAAAGGGGUGACUCGCGGUGACACAAUGUCAAAAGGAAAUAAUUUAUAAUCAAGAUCAAGUUUAGGCCUAGUGAUAAUAAUUUAUAUCUCCUUGAGAAGACAACAUUUAAAGAUUUUCUCAUUGGGAAAAAUUCUAGUUUAAUUGUAUAAGACCGGUCAGUUUCUUUCCUAUUAAAUCCAAAUAGUUCCCCGUUUAAGAAGAAGUAAUUGAACGUGGAAUUCCCCUUAUUUAAACACCGUAAGGCCAGCUGGUCUCAGGUAGACUUAGUAGCGGUGAACAAGUAUAAUUGAUACUCUGUUAAAAUAUCCGGAUACUUUAAAAGAAUAAAAAUGAAAAGCCUAAAAACUAUUCUUCUAUUUUACUUUGUUUAUAACUUUGUUUGUAUGAUUUGCUUGAUUGUUUGUUUGCUUGAUUGUUUAAUUGAUAUAUUUCUUGCGUUCUUUUUGCUGUUAUGAAUUUUUAUUUACCUAUUACAAACAGUUGAAAUUACUGUCUCGUUUCAAAUGUACAGGAUGUAUCAUCUUCUGCCUGUGGACAUCAUAGGAAACAUAAAUUAAACAAGUUAACGAAAAUGAAACCCUGUUAUAGCCAACAUUGAAGCAAGCGCCGUCUGUGGACACUGCGAUAACUCACCAUCGGCACGGAUAGAUUUCAUAACAAACGAACAAAAAAACAAUAACAACAACAAAUUUAAAAACAUGAAAAAAAAUAGAAACAGCGCUAAUACUCUCAAAGGAAAAAUGCGCUCAUGCUUAUUCAAGGAGAAAAAUCUUGUUUUCUCCUGUCAGCAGCACACGAAGCAGUGGCGUAGCGAGGGUGUUUGGCGCCCGGGGACAAGAUUCGCGCCCGGGGACAAGAUCCAUUUUUAGCGCCCCUUUAUCUUUUUUUUUAAACUCUCAAAUCCAUUAUUUUCAUCAAUAAAAUAAUAACAAAGCACAUUUUGGCGCCCCUAACUAGCUUGGCGCCCGUGGACAUCUGUCCCCCUGCCCCCACCAUCCUACGCCUCUGACACGAAGGCACACUGACACCACAUUAGAUCGUACGCAGGUUGUGUGUGGGAUGGUUUGCCUCGCUAAUCAGUCCGCUUCUGAGCUGCGUGUUGCCAAAGUCUUGAUGACAUCUUCUUCUUCUAUAUCUUAAGGGCCCACGAUCAAUUUAUUGAUCAUUUUGGCUCCUAUGCAUGUAGAUGGGAUUUGCAAUGUUUCUGUUACUGGUGGUGAUGAGGAAAUUAUGCACUAGGGGUUUGAAGGCUUGAGGCAAUAGACACAAAUGUGUCUAGUGUUGUCGCCUCAACUAUUCCUUUUGAAAGAUGGUUCCAGUCCCUGAUUGUCUUGGGCAGGAAUGAGCUGCUCCUAUACUGGCUUCUUGCUGGUAUGAGCCUGAAUGGCGCGUUAUGAAAAGAUUAGCUACGAAAAUGAGGAUUUACAAUGAACUCCAGGAAUCGUGUACAUGUUGGCCAUUUUAUUAUGAAAGCCAGAUGACCAAAAAUGGCGACAACGGCCGUGUACACAUUUUUCUAUGUGUCGAUAUUCAUAACCGAAUAAGUGGCUGCGUCACUAGGGGGUGCCUGGGGUGCCUAACAUCGUCCCGCGGGAACCUAACAUCGUCCCGCGGCACACCUAACAUCGACUUGCGGCACACCUCAAAUCGUCCCGCGGCACACUUAACAUCGACUUGCAGAACACCUCACAUUGUCCCGCAGCACACCUAAUAUCGUCCCGCGGCACACCUCACCUACAUCGUCCCGCGGCACACCUCACCUACAUCGUCCCGCGGCCCACCUCACAUCGUCCCUUCGUCCGGAGGCACGCCUAACAUCGUCCCGUGGCACACUUAGUAUCGUCCCGCGGCACCCCUAACAUCGUCCGGCGGCACGCCUAACAUCGUCCCGCGGCACACUUAGUAUCGUCCCGCGGCACACCUAACAUCGUUCGGCGGCACGCCUAACAUCGUCCCGGGGCACACCUCACAUCGUCCCGCGGCACACCUAACAUCGUCAAGCGGCACACCUAACAUCGUCCCACGGCGCUCACGUUGCGGAGUACUGCUAGAACUAAUAUAUUAUAUGAUCUGGUAUUAAGAACUGCUCUUUAUCACGUCCUCAUUUCGUCUUAUUUUUCAUGUGUAUAUUCUUCUUAAAUCUUAUCAUUGUUUAUCACUCUCACUGAACCUGCGAGUAGCACAAUCCCUGCUAAAAGCACCCCCCCCCCUUUUUUUGAUCUGAUCCCAAUAGUUUGUGCUAUUCUCAGGUUUCACUGAAAUCAGGAGAAUCAGGUGAAAUUGCUGUUUAAUUUUUCAUGGUCUCAACUGUCCUGGCACACAAAAAUUGCCUCUACACCGGUAGUACACGAAAGAAGGGACGGGGUGUGGGGGGGAAGCCUCCUUUAGUUUAAACCCACAACAAUUCUCUUCUUAUCACCCGAGGUUUGUGUGCGUACCUGGAUUAUAACUCACCAACAUAAUCAUCUCUCUUUUUGUGUUACACAUGGUAAGUAUUAGUUGUUAUCGACCUUGUACAUUUUUCUUAAGACAAAGCUACCUGUGAUUUGUUGCAUAUAUAGAAAUAUAUAUUGACUGAAAAGUUAGUAUCAAACUUUAAACAUGCGCACUCUUAGUAAAGCCAGAAAGUAAAGCCUACAUAGCUCUAACCCAGUGGUCGGUAAACCGCGGCUCGCGGGCCGCAUGCGGCUCUUUAGCGACCUGAUUGUGGCUCGGCCCGUCGGCCACAAAUCGGUUUUGACUCCAAAAAAACAUGGUUCUUGACAGGUUCUUGACAUGUUCUUGACAGGUUCUUGACAGGUUCUUGAAAAGAAAUUUGGCUUUUAAAUUAUUUUAAAAAAAAUCGCCCUGCUGCUGAUUUUUGGCUCUUUUGACUUAUGAGUUUGCCGCCCACUGGUCUAAUCCAUUUUAAUUUUAACACACAUUGUGAAAUUGCCUUCUAACUUUAAUUUUUAUUGCAUGGGGUUAUUAUGUAUGGGCGCUAUUAUUGUAAUUGUAUAAUAAAAAAAAAUAUCAACUUAAGUCUGUGGUCUGUGUAACAAACAACUUUUUAUUCACCAUUCUACAUUCUUCUUAUGCCCCCACAUAACAUGACCACUCCAAAUCUCCAACCGAUAUUCACACAUUCAAGUUUAAACACUGAUGAACACAACUCACCACAUGCACUCAUACACCAUGACGACAUCAGAGGACAAUCCGAUCAUAAAGUUCAAUCAAUGCACAGCACAAUAAUAAUCGCCAGUCACUCACACACGUCACUUUUUUUUUUUUUUUUAAGUAAAAAAUAUAUUACACGUUAGGUCUGUGGAGUUGUACAGCAAAUACUUUAACACCAUUCUCUGGUUUAAAGUCUGGUCUCUUGUCUUCUACAUGGCCUUCUGGUCCCGAAUAUAAAAACCUUUUUAUUUAUAGCAUAGCUUCACUCCUGCAAUAAAAUCAACUUUAGUUUAAUAACACCACUUCACAAUGCAGUCUAUUUUUGUCUAUAUGCAUGACUGUCACCUCUGUGUUUUUUUUUUAAAUCAAUACAUCUUUGAUUCAAUGUUAAGUUCGUUUGCAAAGACAAUAGCCAUAUUUAACACAGAGUCCAACCGCAGACCACCUGGAGUGUCUACACAAGAUGUUUCUAGGAAUAAAUAAAAAAAAAAGAAGACUAUUGAUUUUAUUCUAUGUUGAGCCGUCGCUAAAAAUAACCGCGGAUUGUCAGAUGUUACGACAAGUUUUUAAGCCAUGUUCACAACAUGUUGCAAAAGUCGUGCUUAAGUAGUACAUCUGAUGAUGUCAAGACCUGGCACAUAAUUACAAGUGUAGUUUACAACAACAACACAAAAAAAUAAAAAAAUGCGACAUUUGUUUCACACUGGCGAUGGUGUCAUACAUAAAAACCUGUUGCCCAGGGCCGCCUGUCAACUGUAUUCCCAUCAUUGCAAAGUGUUGUAACAGCACAAGUGACAGUUCAUGUGACAGUAUAACAAGACCCAACUAAUUCACACAAAGAAAAAAAAAAUCCCUUUAAGUAUUCUGGAGUGAAAACGAAAAAUGGAAGCUGGUGGUCAAGUCCAGGAAUGAACAGUUUGGGAACUCGCCCAAGAUGGAAACCCCCCCCCUCCCCCAACCACAGCGGUAUCAAUUUAUUUCUCAACAUUUGGUACAUGAUCAGAACGUGCAGGAGCACCGCGCUCUCAUGUGUGCCUGGACCUGGGUCCUGAUCCAAGCAUUUUCUCAAGAUAAAGUGGGGCACGUUUAACAAAACGAAGUUGGCAGCUUGCUCUUGAGAUUAUAGGCAACUUCUGGUCAUCUUGAGAUUAUAGGCAACUUCUGGUCAUCUUGAGAUUAUAGGCAACUUCUGGUCAUCUUGAGAUUAUAGGCAACUUCUGGUCAUCUUGAGAUUAUAGGCAACUUCUGGUCAUCUUGAGAUUAUAGGCAACUUCUGGUCAUCUUGAGAUUAUAGGCAACUUCUGGUCAUCUUGAGAUUAUAGGCAACUUCUGGUCAUCUUGAGAUUAUAGGCAACUUCUGGUCAUCUUGAGAUUAUAGGCAACUUCUGGUCAUCUUGAGAUUAUAGGCAACUUCUGGUCAUCUUGAUAUUAUAGGAAACUUCUGGUCAUCUUGAGAUUAUAGGCAACUUCUGGUCAUCUUGAGAUUAUAGGAAACUUCUGGUCAUCUUGAUAUUAUAGGAAACUUCUGGUCAUCUUGAUAUUAUAGGAAACUUCUGGUCAUCUUGAGAUUAUAGGCAACUUCUGGUCAUCAGAGACUAUAGGCAACUUCGGUUCAUUAGAGAUUAUAGACAAUUUCUGGUCAUCAGAGAUUAUAGGCAACGUCAGGUCAUCAUAGAUUAUAUACAUCGUCUUGUCAUUAGAGAUUAUAGACAACUUCUGGUCAAUAGAGAUUAUAGUCAACUUCUGGUCUUUAGAGACUAUAGACAACUUCUUGCCUUCAGAGAUUAUAGACAUCUUCUUGUCCUCGGAGAUUAUAGUCAAGUUUUGGUCAUUAGAGAUUAUAGGCAACUUCUGGCCCUCAGAGAUUAUAGGCAACUUCUUUUCAAAAGAGAUGAUAGGAAAUUUCUGGCCCUCAGAGAUUAUAGGCAACUUCCUGCCCUCAGAGAUUAUAGGCAACUUCUGGUCAUCAGAGAUUAGAGUUAGCUUCUUUCCCUCAGAGAUUAUAGGCAACUUCUGGUCGUCAGAAAUUAUAGACAACUUCUGGUCAUCAGAGAUUAUAGACAACUUCUGGUCAUCAGAGAUUAUAGACAACUUCUGGUCAUCAGAGAUUAUAGACAACUUCUGGUCAUCAGAGAUUAUAGACAACUUCUGGUCAUCAGAGAUUAUCGACGAAUUCUGGUCAUUAGAGAUUAUAGAAAACUUCUGGCCCUCAGAGCUUAUAGAAAAUUUUUAGUCAUUAGAGAUUAUAGUCAAGGUUUGGUCAUUAGAGAUUAUAGUCAAAUUCUGGCCCUCAGAGAUUAUAGGCAACUUCUUUUCAAAAGAGAUGAUAGGAAAUUUCUGGCCCUCAGAGAUUAUAUGCAACUUCCUGCCCUCAGAGAUUAUAGGAAACUUCUGGUCAUCAGAGAUUAGAGUUAGCUUCUUUCCCUCAGAGAUUAUAGGCAACUUCUGGUCGUCAGAAAUUAUAGACAACUUCUGGUCAUCAGAGAUUAUAGACAACUUCUGGUCAUCAGAGAUUAUAGACAACUUCUGGUCAUCAGAGAUUAUAGACAACUUCUGGUCAUCAGAGAUUAUAGACAACUUCUGGUCAUCAGAGAUUAUCGACGAAUUCUGGUAAUUGGAGAUUAUAGAAAACUUCUGGCCCUCAGAGCUUAUAGAAAAUUUUUAGUCAUUAGAGAUUAUAGACAAUUUCUGAACCUCAGAGAUGAUAGGCAAAUUCUGGCCCUAAGAGAUUAUAGUCAAAUUCUGGUCAUCAGAGAUGAUAGACAACUGCUUGCGCUCAGAGAUUAAUGGCAACUUCUGGUCCUCGGUGAUAAGCUGUUUUUAUUAUUUUAUUUUUAACUUAUCAUUUUUUCGCCAAUAUGUUCAGUGUGGUUAUGUUGUUUGUUUCUAAUUUCCUAUCCAAAAAUAAUCAAGGGGAAUAUUAUGGCAUUGUUGCAUGUAAUCAUUAAAUUUGAUCAAUAUAAGGGGUCAUCAAAUGUGACCAACAUGAGAGGUCAUCUAAACUGACCCUCACAUGGUCAUCAUAUCUAACGAUCACGAAAUAUACAGUGUAAGGUUUCAGUGUCAAAUUCUUGCAUUUUUAUGUAGUUGAAUUUGUUACCAUAAGUCGUUAUCAACUCCUUUAGCCGAAUUCACAGUCGAAAUUCACAGCCCCAAGACGUAGUUGAAUAUGUUGCCCUAAGUCGUAGUUGAAUAUGUUGCCCUAAGUCGUAGUUGAAUAUGAUGCCCUAAGUUAUAGUCGAUUAUGUUGCCCUAAGUUGUAGUCGAAUAUGUUGCUCCAAGUCGUAGUCAAAUCUGUAGCCCCAAGUCGCAGUCGAAUCUUUAGCCCCAAGGCCUUGUCGAAUAUGUUGCCCAAAGAUGUAGCCGAAUAUGCUCCCCCACGCCGUAGUCGAUUCAGUUUGAUUACACUGUACAUAUUUAUUGUCAGCCAAUUGAUGAAAAGUCUGAUAAAAAAAACAGAAUAAGAUGAGACAAUUAUUCAGUCGGUUUCUCAGACCCAAGAGCUUUACAUUUAUAGUUAUGCUUUUGAGCCGCUUGAUUUCUUUUUUUUUUUAAAUCCUUUAUAUUCAAUUCGCUUUUGUUCGUGUGUUUCUUCCUCGCUGGGUGGCAAAAUCUUCAGACGGUUAAUUGACCUACAUCCCGUCAACCUAUCGAGCUGAAACUUUCGCAAAUCGACUCGUUGCCGAUGACAACACAUUCUUUCAAAUUUUCAGCCCCACCCCCAUAACACAAGACUCAACAAAUCAAGGGAAGAUAAAGGAAAUAUGAUGCUGAUGAUUUCACAAAAUGAAAUUCUGAUAAUUGUGCUUAAUGAGAUUUUUUUUUUUUUUUUUUUUUUUUUUUUUUUAUUUUUUAAAUCUUUUUUUGUUUUUUUUUUUUUUUUUUUUUUUUUUUUUUUUUUUUUUUUUUUUUAAUAUCGGAAGACCUUUUAGUGCGUAAUAUUUUCUUUUGUUUUUCUGAAAUAGUUGGUGAAAUAACUAUGCGGUGUAGUUGUGUUACCAUGUGUUGUGUAGUUAGUUAUCAGAUGUGUUGUGUAGUUAGUUAUCAGAUGUGUUGUGUAGUUAGCUAUCAGAUGAGUUGUGUAGUUAGUUAUCACAUGAGUUGUGUUGUUAGUUAUCAGAUGUGUUGUGCAGUUAGUUAUCAGAUGUGUUGUGUAGUUAGUAAUCAGAUGUGUUGUGUAGUUAGCUAUCAGAUGAGUUGUGUAGUUAGUUAUCACAUGAGUUGUGUUGUUAGUUAUCAGAUGUGUUGUGUAGUUAGUUAUCAGAUGUGUUGUGUAGUUAGUAAUCAGAUGUGUUGUGUAGUUAUUAAUCAGAUGUGUUGUGUAGUUAGUUAUCAGAUGAGUUGUGUAGUUAGUUAUCAGAUGAGUUGUGUAGGUAGUUAUCAGAUGUGUUGUCAGUUAUCAGAUGUAUUGUGUGGUUAGUUAUCAGAUGUUUUGUGUAGUUAGUAAUCAGAUGUGUUGUGUAGUUAGUUAUCAGAUGUGUUGUGUAGUUAGUUAUCAGAUGUGUUGUAUAGUUAGUUAUCAGAUGUGUUGUGUAGUUGGUUAUCAGAUGUUUUGUGUAGUUAGUUAUCAGAUGUCUUGUGUAGUUAGCUAUCAGAUGAGUUGUGUAGUUAGUUAUCAGAUGAGUUGUGUAGGUAGUUAUCAGAUGUGUUGUCAGUUAUCAGAUGUAUUGUGUGGUUAGUUAUCAGAUGUUUUGUGUAGUUAGUAAUCAGAUGUGUUGUGUAGUUAGUUAUCAGAUGUGUUGUGUAGUUAGUUAUCAGAUGUGUUGUAUAGUUAGUUAUCAGAUGUGUUGUGUAGUUGGUUAUCAGAUGUUUUGUGUAGUUAGUUAUCAGAUGUCUUGUGUAGUUAGCUAUCAGAUGAGUUGUGUAGUUAGUUAUCAGAUGAGUUGUGUAGGUAGUUAUCAGAUGUGUUGUCAGUUAUCAGAUGUAUUGUGUGGUUAGUUAUCAGAUGUUUUGUGUAGUUAGUAAUCAGAUGUGUUGUAUAGUUAGUUUUCAGAUGUGUUGAAUAAGUAGUUAUCAGAUGUUUUGUGUUGUUAGUUAUCAGAUGUGUUGUGUAGUUAGUUAUCAUAUGUGUUGUUUAGGUAGUUAUCAGAUGUGUUGUUUAGGUAGUUAUCAGAUGUGUUGUUUAGAUAGUUAUCAGAUGUGUUGUUUAGGUAGCUAUCAGAUAUGUUAUGUAGGUAGUUAUCAGAUGUGUUGUGUAGUCAGUUAUCAGUUGUGUUGUGUACCAGUCAUACGUUUUGUGUAGUUAUCAGACUUAUGAUGUAGUGGUCAUAUUUUUUAUGUAGUGCUCUGUGUAUAUUUAGUAUAUUUUAUAUCCUCAUCGUUAGUGUCCCCCAAGUUUACGACUCAUAUAAUUUCAGCCUUUGACAGCGACGCUCGUUGUGACAUUUUAUGACAGAUGUUAUGGCUCUGACCUAUUUGUUUAAAUCCUUGUCUGGCCCAGAGACGAUUUUAUUUCCAGGCGGAUUAAUCCAUUUCAGUGUCGCUAAAUCAUUCGUCUUAGCCAUGAAUGACUCCAUUGAUUGAUUGAUUGAUUUUGGUGGGUUGGUUUGUUGUUUGUUUGGCGGUUGGGUGGUUGAUUGAUUGAUUGAUUGAUUGAUUGAUUGAUUGAUUGAUUGAUUGAUUGAUUGAUUGAUUGAUUGAUUGAUUUUGGUGGGUUGGUUUGUUGUUUGUUUGGCGGUUGGGUGGUUGAUUGAUUGAUUGAUUGAUUUGCUUUGUAUGCUUGGUAAAUUUUAGAGUCACUGACGGUCUUUGGAGAUCUUCCUGAUGUCUCCCACUAAACGGGAAGCAAUUAAUUGCUAUAUGUAGUGGCAUAUUUUUUUAACAGGCUAGAUAAUAACAGGGACCCUACCUGCCGGUAUUGCAGCCUGGUCCCAGAAACACUUGCGCAUCCGUUUGCAGAAUGUCCGUCACUAGAUGUUUCGGGGGAAGACAGGGCGGCGGGAGAGCCCUACGCGAAGAAAAUGUUAUGUGGGAGAGCUCAACAGAUGGGUCUGGUGCUGGUGGCCAAUGUACUAGCCGGGGUCAUAAGAGAGUAGCCUCAGACCCUCAUUUAUGCGUCAGUAGUGCAUGUAUUUGUAGCAAUGUCUUCUUAAGUGCACUCAUUUUCAAUGGUUAUGUGUGGCUCCACGUCAUGCGGCUUUCGGACUAUAGUAUUUCCGGCUCUAAAAUCCAAUUCAUGUGUUUGGACUGCCUCCCUGCCUCCACAACAUGGCUUAAUUAAUCGACUUAAGGGCUAUUUCUCGGGACAAUACACCCAAAUCCCUCGCUAGACGGCCAUUAUUUUGAGGUUUUGAUGGAUUUUAAAGUUAGAUGGAUCCGCAGAGUGGGCACAACUGGGGACAUCUAGAGAGACUUGCCCAGAACCGGGAUGCCUGGAAAGCCUUUGUUUGUGGUCUAUGCCCCAGACGGGAUGAGAGGCGAUGAUGAUGAUUGAUCUGCAGUUUGUCUUCAUUUGUUAUCCAGUUGGUCCAAGAUCGCUAUUGCUCAUAGACAGCUAUCGUUAUCCAUACGAAGUUACCAUGGUUACUAAUCAGAAAAAAAUAUAUUUACAAAGCUUGAUCUAAAAAUAAUAUUAUUAACAAUUAAUACUAAAGUCUUGUCAUGUUAUGCACCCUUGACAUGAAUGCCAUGAUCUCAUUCACGUGUUAGACACUUUCUCCGCCCCUUUUAUUUAAGACCCCACCGCAGUGGACUUACUUUUCCUCUCUUCCGUCCCAUUUUGCCUGCAUUAACUCCUUCACCAACGUAUGAUCCAUCGCAUUUCAAUUGCUGUCCUCUCUGAUGCUAAUCAUUAUUUUAUAUCGUUUUUACUGUUGUUUAUUCACUGAAGGAAUCUUCUUGCCGACACUUUCGUUGUCUUGUUGCGUUCUUUUUUCGGGUUUCACCUACUUUGUAUCGCUCACUUCCUUCUGUCUAACCCGUGUGUGGCGUCGCCCGUCCUAUUAUCAUGUUCCUCACUAAGACACACCCCAGCGCUUCAUAUUUUGCAGCUAUCUGAAACUGAUUUUUAAUGGAUCUUUAAAUAAAAGUUUCGAAACUUUCUCUUGUGUUAAACUAAAUUAUCAAAAUACGCAUUUUAAAAACUUCAGUUCUUUUUAAACAAUCAAGUGUUCUUUAAAUCGAUUUUCCCAUCUUCAUUAUUUACUUUAAUAUUUUGUACAACGUAUCAUGGUCUACUGUAGAUUUGUCUUCAAAACGACCGAAAGAUCAAACGUAUCGGUUUUAACCGGUUUGAAGGUAUUAAAGGUUUACAAGCUUGUGAUAUAGAGACUACUUUUCUCGGCGUUAAAUCAAAUGUAAUUCUGUUUCAUUUACAACGGUUCCAUUGAUAUCUUUUACGUAAUAAUAAUAACAUCUCAAAGGAUCUAAGAGCCAGUCGCGAUACAAACGGAUUCAAGAAAAACAAUCUCAUUACAAAGUUAUUUUAAAAUCAUAUGCCUUGGUCCCCUGCACCGUCGUGCCACUGAUAACAUCACACGCCUUGGUCCCCUGCACCGUCGUGCCACUGAUGAUAUCACACGCCUUGGUCCCCUGCACCGUCGUGCCACUGAUAACAUCACACGCCUUGGUCCCCUGCACCCUCCGCCACUGAUAACAUUACGUAUACCCAUUUGAGGAACAUUCUUCGCGUGACUGUCAUUAUUGGACUAUCGUUUACUUCUGAUGGAGUUCUACCGAUCCCUAAAGUGGGCAUAAAACACUGUAUCAACAGUGGGACAUUGUCACAACAAUGCAACACUGUCACAGCAGUGGGACACUGUCACAAAAGUGGGACAUUGUAACAAUAGUGCAACACUGUCACAACAGUGGGACACUGUCACAACAGUGGGGAAUUGUCACAACAGUGGAUACUGUCACAAUAUGGGGACAUUGUCACAACAGUGAGGCCCUUUCUCAAAAUUUUGGGCACCGUCACAAAAUCUUGGACACUGUCACAACAGUGUGGCACUGUUACCGUCUAAAAUACACGCUUGGUUUGUUUUUACUCUAUUUAGUUGCUUUUGUUUUGUUCAGCUACGGGGCCAUUGUUGUUUUAGGCUCAGAGAUCUGCACACCCCAUUCUGAUCUCAAUCGAUACAUAGCACACACACACACACACACACACACACACACACACACACACACACACACACACACACACACACACGUACACACUCUGCUUUUCACACACAAAAUCUCAGAGAUCUGCACACCCCAUUCUGAUCUCAAACGAUACAUAGCACACACACACACACACACACACACACACACACACACACACACACACACACACACACACACACGUGUACACGCUUUGCUUUUCACACCCAAAACAACCCACCCAAACAUAACACCCUCGCCCACACUGUUACGUACCGUUGUAAGAAUAGAGAAUUUAAUCUCUUAUUUGACAAUAUCGCUCGUUGAAAAAAAAGAGUACACAACAAAAGACGAAGUCAUAAGUUAAAUACAACAAUAAAAAAAAACGAUACCCAAACUAGGGCUAAUUACAUUUAAUACGUUUAUUAGGGUAAUUAUAAAUUACAAAAUCAAAAAUAAAUAAAUAACUAAAGCUAUUGAAUUGCGGUACAGUGAUGACUUGUAUCGGUAAAAUGUUGAAGAUGAUACAAUGUUGUUAAAGGAUCAAACACACUGCUAGCACUGCCUUCUAUUGUGAGAAAUUAAUCUCUUAGCGUAAGUUAUUGGCUCGUUCUAAACAGUGCCUAACACAGGACGAUACCAUAGAGAAAUACAAUAGCAAAAAUACGACACUCAAAACAGUACUAAUUACAAUUAAUAAGAUUUGUUUAAGUAUUAAUAUAAAUACAAAACAAAAGAAAUAUAGAUACAAUCAUCACAGUUACAGAGUAUGUCUUGUACCAGUACACAGUUAGUACAAUGUGCCACAGAAAUAAGGUACACUGAUGAAUGCGAAUAAACACAUAUGAGUACACAAAGAAUAGUACAAUUGUCUCGUGAAGUGAAAAAAUAUCAAUCAAUCAAUCAAUCCCUCUCGAUGAAUCUAUGAAUCCCCUUUUAUAUCUAUACGUCGGUAGAGCCACCACCUCUAGAAACGUACUCUACAUUGUUUAUCUUCCUAGUCAAUUAUCGAAGUUUCCCCAAAAUUCUAUUAUAAUAUAUGAGCUAUUUUAGUUGAUAGUUGUGGAAAACAACGGCUAAGAUGAAAGGAAAUAGGUCACGCCCAACACGAACGCCGACUAAUGUGGGGUCAACCAGAGUUCACGGCACGGGGAAAGUGUGACGUAAACACGUCCUACAUAACAACAUACACACGGCAAAUAUUAGUAAACAAAUCUCUGUCUCCUAUGGCAAAUCUCUCUCGUCAUCCCCCAAUCACUCUAUAGAGGCGUAUCUAUAGUCUGUUUCAGAGACAUUUCUAAAAUGGACUUACACCUUGUAUUCCUUUCUCCAUUAGUCUCGAUAUUUCUACAUAAUUCUAAUUAUGCAGACCAUAGACUUUAUUUUUUUUUAAAAGAAGGUCAAGGGAGACUAUUUUUAAUUAGUCACACCCAAAACGUGGUUCAGAACUUGGGGUCAGCUAAAGUUCAGUCAUCAGACUAGAUGAAUGAAAGUGAACAAGACGCCUAAAACAAUCAUCCACACAUACCUACCUACACAUCAACACAGCCACCCACACAGAGCCCUGGUACCCUAACCCGGAAACGUCCACACACGCCCUCCCACACUCAGAAAACACUUACUCGCACCUACACACCCACACCCACCCACAAACACACGCACACAACCUACUCACACAUACACACAUGCACUGUUUACCCCCAUGCGACGUUGGUUUUUUUUGGACUUGGAUAUUUCUGAUAUUUCAUUGGAGAAUGCAUAACCGUAGCUCAACUCCAACUUCCCUCUCCAAAUAAACUUCGUUUUCUUCUAUCCGCUUCUACCGGAAGACGUUGCGGGGAUUUUCCACAAGCUGUGAGGCUUGCUGAAGAUUCAUGACGAGGAUUUUGAUGGUCUUCUUCUAACAAUAUAACCGGAUUGCCUUUUGUUGUAGUCCGGUAACGCCGGUUGGUGGCCAAACCAAAUUAAUUUCCUUGCUGGUCACAUACUGGCUGAUUGGUACGGCACCAACAAUUGUUCUUUUUUUUCCCCUUGUUCUAAAUGUGUUCUCUUCUCACUUUGCAAGCUGCUCGCCUUAAAAAAUCUCAUCUCUCAGGUAAACAAAUUUUUUUCGCAAGAAUUUCUAUUCAGAGCCAAGGGCUGUGUUGAUUCACCUGGCCUUGGUCACCAUCUUCUGGGCGCCUCAGUCCAAACGAAAUCACAUUGAGGAAAGUUGCUUGAACUAAGGGUGUCACCUUGGACACGUUUCAAGCUUUCCUCAAAUUAUGACAACGAUUUCAAAACCCGUUGGCAUGAUGGCGCAGUGGUAGUAUUGUCUGUCUUUCAACCAAGAGAUAGUCGGUUGGACGUUGUCCGGCGGUCGUCCCCAGGCAAUAUGUUUGUGUAUCUGGUUAGAGUCGUCAAACGAGUGGGGCAGCUCUUCUUGCAAGCCAGCAGCCAAUCCGGCGUGGGGUAGAUCAAAAUGGAUGUGCGCAACUUGCUGUGGUCUUAUCGAUAAGAUUGCAGCAGCUUUGCGUUGAGAUCACAUUGCUAUGUUGCCCCCUGAUUUAUGAGUCAAUUUGUAUUAUCUUUAUUUGUGAGCAUUGCACCACAUUUUUUGUGAGUAAUAUACCACAUUUAUUUGUGAACAGUGUACCACAUUUAUUUGCGAGCAGUAUACCACAUUUAUUUAUGAACAAUGUACCACAUUAAUUUGUGAGCAAUUUAACCACAUUUAUUUUCGAGCAAUAUUCCACUUUUAUUUGUGAGCAAUGCACCACAUUAGUUUGUAAGCAUUGCACCACAUUUAUUUUUUAGCAGUGUAUCAACUUUUUCGUGAACAUUGUGAACAGAACAGACCGUGUUAGUCGCGCACUGUCAAGUUAUGACGUCAGUGCCUAUGAAUAAACCAUUAAACUCUACCGAAUGCUGUGGUGAUAUUUAGGUUUUAGAUGGUAUUAGUUUAAACGAGUCAGAUUUUCUAUACAGAUAGGUACAAAUAAACGCAUGAAAUGGUUGCAUACGAUCUAAAUAAUACUUUUUUUUGUUUGGACAUUGAUAUCAAUGUCGACGUCAUUUCCUUCACUCACUUUGUCGCGUGUCAUCAGAAAUGUCCACUCAUGCGGCCUUGGUAGGUCACUAUCGCUGUCUUGGAGAAACGUUUCUAUACAUUCCAAUUGUUGUGCCACCACAACCCCACCCCCCUCUUCUAUUAUUUGUGAACAAAACUGACUGACGCACGAAGAUAAAGGGGAGCAAAUCGACAAGUGACGAAUGCUUUUAUAGCACACGUUCGUCAGCCUUCUCUUACCACACUGUGGUCUGGUCAGUACGUAGAUUGCUUACAACUUAAACAAAAUCCUGUGAUACAACUUAAAACGUAGGGUAAAAAGGUCCUGGUAUACAAUUCAAACGUAGGGUCUAAAUGUCCUGUUAUACAACUUAAAACUUAGGGUACACACCUGGUAUACAAUUCAGACGUAGGGUCUAAAUGUCCUGUUAUACAACUUAAAACUUAGGGUACACACCUGGUAUACAAUUCAGACCCGCAAUUGCCAAUGUUAAGGACGCCUGUUGAUUGUUUCCUUGGCAAAAACAUGAAGCAAUAUUUACGAUCUGUUGUGAAAUGGCAUUGGUGGUUGUCUUAUCUCAAGUGUUAGUUUGAAGUGACCGUAAACAAAUGCUUGAAUAGAACGGUGGAUGGCAACCAAUAGAAAUAACUUCAUAUUUAAUCCUGUGUGAAAUAACUUUAUCUUUAAUCCUGUGUGAAAUAACUUUAUCUUUAAUCCUGUGUGAAAUAACUUCAUAUUUAAUCCUGUGUGAAAUAACUUUAUCUUUAAUCGUGUGUGAAAUAACUUCAACUUUAAUCCCCUGUGAAAUAACUUCAUCUUUAAUCCUGUGUGAAAUAACUUCAUCUUUAAUCCUGUGUGAAAUAACUUCAUAUUUAACCCUGUGUGAAAUAACUUCAUAUAUAAUCCUGCGUAAAUAACAUCAUCUUUAAUCAUGUGUGAUAUAACUUUAUGUUUAAUCCUGUGUGAAAUAACUUCAUCUUUAAUCCUGUUUGAAAUAACUUCAUUUUAAUCCUGUGUGAAAUAACUUUAUUUUUAAUUCUGUGUGAAAUAACUUCAUAUUUAAUCCUGUGUGAAAUAAAUUCAUCUUUAAUCCUGUGUGAAAUAACUUCAUCUUUUAAUCCUGUGUGAAAUAACUUCAUCUCUAAUCCUUUUUGAAAUAACUUCAUCUUUAAUCAUGGUUGAUAUAACUUUAUGUUUAACCCUGUGUGAAAUAGCUUCAUCUUUAAUCUUGUGUGAAAUAACUUAUUCGAUUUUUUGUUUUGUUUUUUUUGGUUUCAAGAACUCAGUUUCACAGAAUUACAAUGAGAACUUAAAACUACAGUUGUGACUUAUUAAAUAAAGCAAAUUGUUAAUGAGACAUAAAAAAUGUAUAGAAAUAUUUAACUCACAAAAUGGUAUGUCAAUGGCUCCCUUAGCCUCAUAACCCCUUCCAGUGAGUCCUUUUAAUUACCACCUCGCUUCCCUUGGGGGUGCAAGCACCUCAAUUUGAGAAACACUUCUUUAUAAUAAUUUUGAUAGGGGUCUGUAUGCGCUAUGGUGUACAAUGGUAUGUUUGAUUUAUGUCUAAAAACUCAAGAUAUGAACCUUGUCCCAUAUAUUGUUUAUAUUUUAUGUAAGAUUAAAUGCUCUGUUAUUUUAAUUUUUGUUGUAAAAAAAAACGCCUUACAUUUGAGAACCAGCAGCUAAAACUAUUCUUUGGCUGAGCACCCAUUUCCCUUCUGAUUUAAAGUGGUGAAAUUCUUUCCUAUUCACAAAACGUUUCGGGCGGUACGCCACUCUAAACACAUCUUCAUUAGAUCUCAUUUAAGAAGUGUGGUAUUCAUUACUGAGCCUAGGUCUAAACAUAACGCAACUUGGAACCAUUUCGAAACACCACCGCUCAGCGGCGUAGCUAGAGUGUUUGGCGCCCCGGCGGGACAAGGUUCAUUUUAAAGAGCCUCCCUUACUUUGUUCAACUCUCUAACCGAUUAUUUUCAUCAAUAAAAUAAUAUCUACGUAUAAUUUGGCGCCUCUAACUAGUCUGGCAUCCAGGGAGUACCCACUGCCCCCCCUCCAGCCCCACCCCCCCAGCUAGGCCGCUGGCACCUUUACACAGAUCGCGAGCGUGAGCCAAACUAUAACGCAUGUUUAAAGUGAUCAUAACAGGAUUUUUUUUUUUUUUAAACCGGUCUGGAUUGCUUCUUUAGGUUCUCUGCUAGCAACAGCCCGCUGUACCCAUGUGACGCCUGCUCAUGGCCUGCAUGGGUGGGUGUGUCCCUGAACGAGACGGGAAUGGCGCCUACGACUACCCGGAGGACGCCAAAACGGCCAAGCAGAGAGACAGGGAGAUCACCAAGCUGCUCCACAAACAGCACAAAGAGGACCAGAGGAGACUCAAGCUGCUUCUUUUGGGUAACGUUCAAACGUUCUGGUCUUUAGGCGUAGCUUGGUGUCUUAAUAUGUCACAGGCAAAGUCGGAAAUCCGUCAGACAUUAUAUACGUGUUACGUGAAAAGUGUGAAGUAUAUUCAACGUUGUAUGUGUUAAAAAGUGGAAAAUGCAUGAAACAUUAUAUAUGGUGCAAGCGAAUUAGGAAAUCAUUGCAUUCUAUAGAGGACCUGGUUGGACAUAGGCAAAUUAUACUGUCAAGAAAAGGACGGGAUAUUUUUUUAUUAACAAGUAAAGCGCAGCAGUAAAAAAAAAAAAAAUAAAAAAAAAAAAAAUGCAAUACAACUGUCAGAAGAUUUAUCAUUUAUAUAUAUUUUAUCCCAACAGUCUGAACUUGACCUUCAUUAUGCAAGGACAAUAAAAGGAUUCUUUAACCGAUCCGUUCCUUUCAUUAUAAUUCUUUUUUUUUUUUUUUGGUCAAGUUUAAUUUAUUUGAUUUUAAAAGUUAAAAAGUUUAUAUAUAUAUAUAUAUAUAUAUAUAUACGUUUUUGUACCAUGUGGCCAAUUUACGAAAUGUCUAGUUAAAGCAAUUACAAAUAAAUAGUUUCAAGAUGUAGACUACCAACUGACUGAUAUUUUUACAAUUUUCGGUGCAACAUCUGAUGGCAAGCAGACGAGAGAAAAUUUUUACAAUCAAUUUUUUUUUUCCAUCCGGAAUGAAUACUAUCCUCAGCUUUAAGAUAAGAGUACUGGCCACAGCCUUAAGUCAGCAUAUUGCUAAGAGCAGUCUUUGGAGUGUCAGUCUACUGUCACGGCAUGGAUGGAUUUUGCUAGGAGCAGUCUUUGGAGUGUCAGUCUACUGUCACGGCAUGGAUGGAUUUUGCUAGGAGCAGUCUUUGGAGUGUCAGUCUACUGUCACGGCAUGGAUGGAUUUUGCUAGGAGCAGUCCUUGGAAAGUCGGUCUAGUAUCACGGGGACUAUGGCGAUUGAUCGAUAUGAUCCUUUUGGUUGGGUGCACAGUAAAGAUUGGAUUAGAUUUACCUCAAGGAGUUUCCAGCAUGUUAAAAACAGUUGAAGGUUUGAAUGGCGCUAUAAUUAACUUUUUUUUGUUUUUUUUUACAAGAAGCCUAUAUUUGAGUUAGAAGACAUUAUACUGGGUUUUAAAAAAAAAAAAAAUAGGAGUUUCCAGCAUUUUAAAAGAAGUUGAAGGUUUUAAUGGGGGUAUAAUUAACUUUUUUUUGUUUUUUUUUACAAGAAGCCUAUAUUUGAGUUAGAAGACAUUAUACUGGGUUUUAAAAAAAAAAAAACUUCUGGCAAGCUGAAACCCAACAGUCUAUCGGAACUCGUCCAGGAUAUGCUAAGAACAUGUGUAGUAACAGAGUCAAGGGUAACUGAGAACAUUUGUAGUUACAGAGUCAAGGGUAACCGAGAACGUGUGUAGUUACAGAGUCAAGGGUAACUGAGAACGUGGGUAGUAACAGAGUCAAGGGUAACUGAGAACAUGUGUAGUAACAGAGUCAAGGGUAACUAAGAACAUGUGUAGUUACAGAGUCAAGGGUAACUGAGAACGUGUGUAGUAACAGAGUCAAGGGUAACUGAAAACGUGUGUAGUAACAGAGUCAAGGGUAACUGAGAACAUGUGUAGUAGCAGAGUCAAGGGUAACUAAGAACAUGUGUAGUUACAGAGUCAAGGGUAACUGAGAACGUGUGUAGUAACAGAGUCAAGGGUAACUGAGAACGUGUGUAGUAACAGAGUCAAGGGUAACUGAGAACAUGUGUAGUAACAGAGUCAAGGGUAACUGAGAACGUGUGUAGUAACAGAGUCAAGGAUAACUGAGAACAUGUGUAGUAACAGAGUCAAGGGUAACUGAGAACGUGUGUAGUAACAGAGUCAAGGGUAACUGAGAACAUAUUUUAAACAAGAGAGUCGACAUUUAACAUGGUUUGUGUACAUACAAAAUACUAUGUAACUAAAAAUGACAUUAAAGUUCAGACUGUAGCAAUACAUUAAAAAAAAAAACUUUCAGGAAACUUCUUAUGGCCAUGUUGUAUUUUAAACCUCCGUUUGUCCCCGCUGUUCAUUAUUCGUUGGUAACACGUCAAAUCCAUCGUCUGCUCUAUGAUAAAAUUUGCCCGUAUUCCAGACAGGCAUUAUACAUGAUGCUUUAGCCUUUGUACGGAAGGUCUGGUCAAUGUCUAAUGUAUUUCGUACUUAGACUACAAUCUGCAGGCAUUCUAUAAUGCCUAGGCAAUCUACAAAAUGGCUGGAUUAUAAACUUGACUGUGCUUUUAGCUGAAAAAAAAAGUGUUUGCAAUAUGGCGGCAAAUAUGACAGGAUAGUGGAGGUUGUUGAGAAAGAGGGAGAGUGAGAGAAUGAGAGAGAGAGGGGGGGAGAGAGAGAUAGCGGGGAGAGGGAGAGGGAGAGUGAGAGAGAGAGCAGCGUAGGAGGGUUCAGUAGGGGUAGAAAAAUAGACCAGGUUAGGAUAGUGCUUUGAUGGGGAACGGGAAAGGAGUUGAAGAGGAGGCGGUUAGGGGUGGUUAAGGGAUAACUGUGUAUGUUCUUUUGUUGUAAGUUGGUACAAACAUAUGAUUUGUAUGUUAUUUUGUUGUAAGUUGGUACAAAUAGAUGACUAUGUAUGUUCUUUUGUUGUAAGUUGGUACAAUAGAUGACUAUGUAUGUUCUUUUGUUGUAAGUUGGUACAAAUAGAUGACUAAGUAUGUUCUUUUGUUGUAAGUUGGUACAAAUAGAUGACUAAGUAUGUUCUUUUGUUGUAAGUUGGUACAAAUAGAUGACUAUGUAUGUUCUUUUGUUGUAAGUUGGUACAAAUAGAUGACUAUGUAUGUUCUUUUGUUGUAAGUUGGUACAAUAGAUGACUAUGUAUGUUCUUUUGUUGUAAGUUGGUACAAAUAGAUGACUAAGUAUGUUCUUUUGUUGUAAGUUGGUACAAAUAGAUGACUAUGUAUGUUCUUUUGUUGUAAGUUGGUACAAAUAGAUGACUAUUUAUGUACUUUGGUUGUAAGUUGGUACAAAUAGAUGACUAUGUAUGUUCUUUUGUUGUAAGUUGGUACAAUAGAUGACUAUGUAUGUUCUUUUGUUGUAAGUUGGUACAAAUAGAUGACUAAGUAUGUUCUUUUGUUGUAAGUUGGUACAAAUAGAUGACUAAGUAUGUUCUUUUGUUGUAAGUUGGUACAAAUAGAUGACUAAGUAUGUUCUUUUGUUGUAAGUUGGUACAAAUAGAUGACUAUGUAUGUUCUUUUGUUGUAAGUUGGUACAAAUAGAUGACUAUUUAUGUACUUUGGUUGUAAGUUGGUACAAAUAGAUGACUAUGUAUGUUCUUUUGUUGUAAGUUGGUACAAAUAGAUGAAUAUGUAUGUACUUUUAUGUGAUCUUAAUGCUCGUCUUGAGGUGUACUAAAAUGGUUGACGGAAGUCAAGUUUGUUGAGUUGGACUUGUGAUACUCGUGUUGUACUCUAUCCUCCCCCCACACCCCCACCCUCUUCUCGGUGAUCAUAUGUGUACGUGUCUUGCAUGCAGGUACCGGUGAGUCAGGCAAGAGCACGGUGACCAAACAGAUGAAGAUCAUCCACAUUAACGGCUACACCUUUCUGUAAGUAUGCCAUUGACUGGUGAUAUAGUCAACUACACCUUUAUGUAAUUCUGCCAUUGACUGAUGACAUUAUGAACUACACCUUUUCUUUAAGUCUGCCAUUGACUGAUGACAUAGUAAACUAAAACUUUCUUUAAGUCUGCCAUUGAUUGAUGACAUAGUAAACUACACAUUUUCUUUAAGUCUGCCAUUGACUGAUGACAUUGUGAACUACACCUUUUCUUUAAGCCUGCCAUUGACUGAUGACAUAGUGAACUACACCUUACUUUAAGUCUGCCAUUGACUGAUGACAUAGUGAACUACACCUUUCUUUAAGUCUGCCAUUGACUGGUGACAUAGUGAACUACACCUUUCUUUAAGUCUGCCAUUGACUGAUGACAUUGUGAACUACACCUUUUCUUUAAGUCUGCCAUUGAUUGAUGACAUAGUAAACUACACUUUCUUUAAGUCUGCCAUUGACUGAUGACAUAGUGAACUACACAUUUUCUUUAAGUCUGCCAUUGACUGAUGACAUAGUAAACUACAACUUUCUUUAAGUCUGCCAUUGACUGAUGACAUAGUAAACUACACCUUUUCUUUAAGUCUGCCAUUGACUGAUGACAUAGUAAACUACAACUUUCUUUAAGUAUGCCAUUGAUUGAUGACAUAGUAAACUACAACUUUCUUUAAGUAUGCCAUUGACUGAUGACAUAGUAAACUACAACUUUCUUUAAGUAUGCCAUUGAUUGAUGACAUAGUAAACUACACCUUUUCUUUAAGUCUGCCAUUGACUGAUGACAUAGUAAACUACAACUUUCUUUAAGUAUGCCAUUGAUUGAUGACAUAGUAAACUACACAUUUUCUUUAAGUCUGCCAUUGACUGAUGACAUAGUAAACUACAACUUUCUUUAAGUAUGCCAUUGUUUGAUGACAUAGUGAACUACAGCUUUUUUGUAAGUCUGCCAUUGACUGGUGACAUAGUGAACUACAGCUUUUUGUAAGUCUGCCAUUGACUGGUGACAUACGGAACUACACCUUUCUGUAAGUCUGCCAUGACUGAUGACAUAGUGAACUACACAUUUCUGUAAGUCUGCCAUUGACUGGUGACAUAGUGAACUACACCUUUUUGUUGGUAUGCCACUGACUGGUGACACUAACCUAGCUACCUAUACAAUAACAUGGUUACCUACAGAGAGACAAGUUUCCCUACACAGUAACAUAGUCACCUACAUAGUGACAUAGUUACCUAAACAGUGACAUAGUUACCUAAACAGUGACAUAGUUACCUAAACAGUAACAUAGUCACCUACACAGUGACAUAGUGAACUACACAGUGGCAUAGUUACCUAAACAGUAACAUAGUCACCUAAACAGUGACAUAGUUACCUAAACAGUAACAUAGUUACCUAAACAGUGACAUAGUUACCUAAACAGUAACAUAGUCACCUAAACAGUGACAUAGUGAACUACACCUCUUUAUAGGUCUGCCACUGACUGGUGACACUAACCUAGCUACCUAUACAAUAACAUAGUUACCUAUAGAGAGACAAGUUUCCCUACACAGUAACAUAGUCACCUAGACAGUGACAUAGUUACCUACACAGUGACAUAGUUACCUAAACAGUGACAUAGUUACCUAAACAGCGACAUAGUUACCUACACGGUAACACAGUUACCUGUACAAUGACAUAGCUACUUUCACGGUAACACAGUUACCUGUACAAUGACAUAGCUACUUUCACGGUAACACAGUUACCUGUACAAUGACAUAGCUACUUACACGGUAACACAGUUACCUGUACAAUGACAUAGCUACUUACACGGUAACACAGUUACCUGUACAAUGACAUAGCUACUUAAACGGUAACACAGUUACCUGUGCAAUGACAUAGUUACCAACACGGUGACAUAAUUACCUACACGGUGACAUUAAGUUCAGCUAGAUCAUUGCUUUACAAAUAAUUAGGUCAGGUCCUAGGAAAAAAGUUUGUGGGAACUAACACCCCCCCCCCACCGAAUAAAAUAUGUGUUUAUUUCUUAGCAUAAACAGUGCAACGUUUAUUAUAUGACAGAGUACAUCAAUAGACGUACUUGCCAUACGUUCCUGCAGGACCCGAGUCUUGGUCAUAAUGCAGUGGAGCAAUUUGCGUAUUGCGUCAAAUGAAUCUGAAGUUUAGCUACGUCGAAACCGUGAACAAACGUAACAGCCUUGAGAAAGGUGUCGGCCUAAUACCGAGUGCUGAGUGUUUCAAGCCAUCACCCAAAUGGUUUAUUUGUAGAUAUACUUACUUUAGAUUAAGGUUUAUAAAAGGGAUCAGAAAAAAAAAGAUUGGCUGCUAAAGUUUGGAUGCAAUUAACUUUAAUAAAUCGUUUAACUGUUGUUCCACACUUUUGUGCUUGCAGAGAACGGAUUGAGAAAAGGAAAGACAUCAUACGAAAUGUAAGAGAGUCCAUGCUGGUGAGUUAUUCCCCUUGCCACACUUGAAUGGCAUCGGACGAUUUUUGCUUCUUUUGAUGGGUAACAGUUAAUGAAUAGAUAUUUAUGUGCUACUAGCGAGUACCCGGCAUGCGUUGCAAUGCCACUCAAAGAAAGAAAGUGUUUGCAUUUUAAUUAUGUUUCUUCAAGAGCUUUUAAAUACACAAAGUUUUUCUUGUUUUUUCCGUCUGGUACAUACAUGAAUAAAUCAGAAGGUUUUCUGACGCGAGAGCAGGCACCAUACAUCUGUCCAUGGGAGAAGCAUGGAUUUUCCAAAUUUAGUCCGCAAACUUGUAGCGAUUGUCCCUGUGCUUUGUAGAUAGUCAUUGCAGACGCGUGUCGCACAGGAAACUGGAGGCGUUUGAAUUCAAAUGAUAUAUAUGUUGGAAUCAUCAGGAUGCGUGGCAACAGUAUAUCACCUCCUUUAAAUUUUCAAUUUAAAAUAGUAGCUUCAAUGGAACCAAUUUCGGAAGAUUCCUUUGAACAAAUGUACCUAAUUCUUCGAUAUUAAAGUGCGUUUUUCGUUGCAAAUUACGAUGGAAAAGUUUGUUUGCAGAUCGAUUCGGAGAAGACAUUCCCAACUCUACCAGUGAUUUUUAGAGAUUGCCAAACAUAUGUCCUCAAUCGAAACCCAUGGCUUAUUAUACACGUUUGGUGUACAUUUAAUGUCCGGAUUUUGAUUCGUUGCACGCAAACAAUGUAGGAUGUCUUCACUCAUGUCGUCUUUGUAUUUUUCCCAAAGAUCUUUUGGAUUGGAUGGAAAGCACGUUGUCAAUAUGAUUGCAAACAAAGUGGGUAUUUGCUGUGGUUGAGCAAUAUACGAUGCAUCAGAGAGCGAAGUAUCCCAAUGAGCAUCGUUUACCAAAAGUUUUAAUUCUUGGCAAGCUUCACGAUAAGUGGCACAUACUUGACCGUUUACGGUUCUCAGUUUUUGAAAAGAAGUUGUUCCACAUACGUUGAUUAACAGUAAUAGCAAAUAAAAGCUUUGUGCAUUGUUUGGGUGAACAGUGUACAAACGGCCUAAUGCGUGGGCCGAAUAUAAAUUGGGGUGUUCUUCAAAUGCUUUACCCUGUUUGCGACGUUGAAAACUUUUCGCUGAUGCAUUCCAUGUGUAAUAUGUUCGAAGUUCAGAUUAAAGUAGCGUCUUUGCAAAAAUAUCAUUCCCGCACAAUGAGGAAAAUGCAGUUAACGUUGUUCACGGAGGUGACACUGCUCUUACACGUGCAUUUUCUGUUGUUAAGUACAAGCGCUGUCCGUUUUCAAGGUGCACUGCCAAAUGAACGAAUGUUGGAUGGCGUUCAUGGAUUGGAAUUGAUAAAAUGCGCCAAACUGCUUCGUUGCUAUUAAUGUAGCGUCCAAGUUGAUAUCGGUAGAUUUCAUCGAUUGAUCCAGUUAUUUUUCCACUCCAAAAACUGCCAUAUCGCUUCUUUGUUAACAUAUUUGCCAAAGUAUUUGAUCGAUUUCACCGAAUUGCAAUACUCUACAUUGAUGUGUGCUUUGAACUUUUUCGAGAGUAACGGUGAAUAUGAUACAACCCAACGAUUAUUGACUUCAACAUCAUUGUUUCUUACUUUUAAAAUGAUUGAUUUGCCACCCUCUUCAGUUGAUCAGUGGAUAGCCACCAUUGCCAGUGAUAGUCUACUCAAUAGUCUACUCAAUUAAGUCUCUUGGGUAUCGUUUUAAGAAUUUCCCAUCAGACAUGCAUGGUACAUUUUUGUUGAGUAAGCCACAUGGAACGUGAAUCAUGUUUUGGUGACGAUUUCUAAUAAAAUAUUGAUCAAUGUUGGCAUUUGGUAUUUCUGCAGAAAUGACCUUAUCAAUUUGAUCUGGUUUGAUUUUUUCGAUCAACCAAAUUAAAAUGUGUGCAUGUGGCAAUGUUAUUUUUUGCCAUUCAACAGCCCUCCAAAAAACAUGAUACUUGACAAUAAAAUCUAUUAAAGAUUUCAAUUUUUUUUUAACACACGCGCAGUAAUAUCGUGACGAUCUGAUGCUGAUUGUCCAGUUAACAAAAGUUCUUUUAUUUUUUUGCCCCCAGGUAGGGUUGCUUGUAAAUAUAAUAACAAAAUCUGGGCGGCCAUAUGCUCGAACAUAUGUCAUUGCCUCUUGUGCAUAUUCAUAGAUGUGACGUGGACUUCCAGUAAAUGUCUCAGAUAGUAUAACCAUUUUCCCCAAUUCAUUUGGAUUCACAUUGCCGUCAUUCACAAUUGCAUCAUGUAAAUGACUGUACUCUUUGGAACGAAACUUGCUUUGAUUUAAUGGAAUGCAGAGGAGUCGUUCGGUUUUGAUUUUGGCAUUCAUAUCAACAAUGUAUUAAUGGAACAAUUGUCGAAAUUUCAAGAUAUGAUUUUCGGCACUCUCACGGAUCAUCAAUCGAUAUAAAUAAUAUUUCAUGGCACUGACUUUCUUAUUCGAUUCCUCAUCUGUCUGUGGAUUUCUCAAUUUCAUGUUAAAAUGAUAUCCAUCUUCUCCUUGCCAAAAUAAAAUAGGAUAUUGCAAUCCAUCGUAUGAGCGAUGAGUUUCUGAGACUCGCUGAACAUCGCUACUUCUGCGACGAAGAAUUAUAUCACGUGAGUUAAAUUCUUCCCCAACUAUAACGAUCGCCACUUCAUCGAUUGUUGGUGUAUUGUAUUGUCUUUCGUGUUGGCCUACAGGUUUUUUGUCUGCUCUAACUAUGAUUUUGUAGACAUCAGUCGGCAUCUUAUCAAGUGCAUUUCUGAACAUUUGAAUUUAUUCGUUGUGUUGCAAAAAUAGCGAUUGCAAUGUAACGACAAUUUCUAAUUUAGUACCCGUAUUGAUAUGACAACGUUGAUCAAUUUGUUCAUCAGUAUUCCCCAUGAAAUAAAUUUGAACAAAUUUGUGAUCUGUGUUUGGCAGUGGCAGCAGAGAUCCUGUACGAUCAUAAAUUUGUCCUUGAACUUUAAAUGUUGGCAUGUAAUUCUCGCGCACGAUAUUUGUUGCACCGAACGAUGUCAUUUGGAAACAUGAAUUGUACUUGCGUAUGUUUGCCAAGAAAUGGUUCGAUUGGCUUGUUUCACCUGAUACCAACGUUGAUAAUGGUUCGGGCGGUGAAUUUAAUUCUGGCAAUUUCACUUUCCCACCCGCGCAGCAAAUUUCCGGUGUUUUAUUCUUAAAUUGAGGGCACUGCAAUACAUGCAUAAUUGAUCCAUUUUCCCAAUAACCACACUUGGAUGAAGACUGUAAUCAUAAUUAGCAUCGUAAUGGAAUGCACUAAGAUUUGAUUCAGCGUGCAGUGUUCGUCUGGAUCGAGCAGUGCGUAUUCUAUUGUUGUUCGACUGUAUGAACGGAUUUGAGCAUUGCGUAUUCGAGCAGUUUUCAGUCUUUCUUCUCGUUGCUCGAAUGUUUCCGAAGCUCGUGAUGACUUUUUCUUUCGUGCUUGAGGUGUAGAAAAACAAAUAGCUUUUUGUUUGGGUGGCAUACUUGAUUUGACAGCGAAAGUAUUGCUUUGUGACGAAUAUUACAAAUGAAUGUGAUAUCUGUUAUUAGCAAUGGUAUUUCACAGUGAACACAACUUGUUAGGUCACACACAAAAUGAAAUAUCAAUGUUUGUAUUUGAUUCAAUUAAUUUACGAUAUUCCUAACGUUAAUAAUUUUCACACGUUAGGAUCUCCCAUCUUUUUACAUAAAAACCUCGCCCAAAAGGUUCGUUCAUUGUUGGCAGUAGAGUUCCAGUUGUAUAGCUUCACAUUAAUUUAUAAAUCAUAAAUUCCAGCGUUAAAAUCUCGAUAUUACCAUAGUUCAAUACCUACGUUGUCUAGUGUGUUAAUUAAUUACUUAAGAAACCAUCGAUUCAUGUAAAAUAUCUUUACAUAACACAAAACAACUCCGAAAUUAAAAAACUCCAUUAAAGAAAUACUUUUAAUAAAAUAAAAACACGUUUUCAACGUCAUAUCCGAUUCUAAAAUACGUCACACAAUUCAAGCUUAUUUAUAAAAAUAACAAAAAUACUCUAUACACAAAAAAUGCAAAAAAAACUUGUUUUCUCUGCUUUACUACAAAUUUGUUGCCUGUUAGAAAAAAGAAUGUUAAAAAAUUGCCGGCCGAUUAAGUUCCAUACAAUAGCUAUAUUUGAAAUUAUUGUUAUAAAGCUCAUGAAUAUAGGGCCCCCGUCCAGAAACGGACUAUUGCAGAAUUGUUGUAUUACUUCAGAAACCUACUUAAUAUGUCACACACAAAAUUUAAUGUCACUAUUUGUAUUUGAUUAAAAAGCUAUCUAUCCAUGCGUUAGCUCUGUUUGAAAUUAAAGUUGUAUAGCUUAUAUAGAAAGAAAAAAAACUAACAUAGGGCCCUUGGCUAAAAACGGAAUAUUUUAAAAUGGUUGUAAUAAUUUUAAAAAAUCUUUGCGGGCGUGCCAUCUCUUUAAAGUUUUAUCGCAUUCUAAUGAAUGGUAGAGGAACGUAUACGGAAAUUAUUUCUUACAAAGCUCGUAUAAGGAAAAAAAGGGAUUUGGGACCAACUGCCCAAAACGGAAUAUUUUAGAAGAGUUAUAAUCGGAUAAAUGGCGUACGAGCGCAUACGGAAAUUAUUUUUUUACAAAGCUCAUAUAAGAAGAAAAACGAAUUAAGGGCCAACGGCCGAAAACGAAGCAUUUUAUAAGGGUUGUAAUGAAUCGGUUCAAUGCCUGGUUAUGCGGACAACUCACCAACGUUUUGUCGCAGUCGCAUAUAUAUAUAUAAGCUAUUAUAUACUGCUUGCAUAGAACAAAAUACAGUGUAAUCCAAAAUUUUCAUUUAAAUUCAAGUUACUAUGACUUCAAAGUCUUAUGUUCAAAGUCUUCCUGGUAAUUUUUUUUUUUUUUUUUUUUUUUUCUUCAUUUUUUUUUUUUUUUUUUUUUUUUACAUCAAUUUUUACUUUUAACGGGCUCUGAAUUUUUGGUUCAAAUCUUAACGUCCGAUUUUCUAUUUUGUUUCUGUAAAAAUUUGGACGUAACGUCAUGGAGACUCGUCAUAAUUCUCAGAGUUAAUUUAUAUAUUUAAAACUUACCAAAAAAAAUUAAAAAAAAAAAAAAAUUCAGGGAGAACAUUGACAUUUCUUUGGUGAGGUCACUACACUGCCAUAAGAUAAAGGAAGGUUACUCUAAUAAUAGAAGUUCUAUCUUAAGUAGCAGUUAAGUCAGGGACGAGGGUAGUGGGGGCGGGGCCGGUGGUUGUGGACAGUUUAAAAUAUAUUUCUUUCUUUUUUUUUUUUUUUUUAAUUUUCUCGUCUUUUCUUUAUUUAUAUUUAAAUUAAGAUUUGGGAUUUAAAAAAAAAAAAUAAAAAAAAAAAAAAAAAAAAAAAAAAAAAAAAAAAAAUAGAGAAAAAAAAUUUAAUAACUCAAAAAGAAACCAAAAAAAAAAAAAGGCGAAUGAAAUAAGAUAAAUCAUCAUCAAUAUUAAAGUGUAAACAGAAACGUUAUUGGUGGUUUUGUUCUGGCUUUAUCCGAGGGGGUGUGUCCCCAAAGAUCUCCAAGCUGACUAUACAUAAGACUUCCCAAAAAUAAAAAUUUGUAAAAUAAAGACUAAAUCAUAGGAAAUAUAAUCACUAAGGAAAAAAAUCUUUUUAAAGAUAUCAUGACCUUAUGACCUUAUGAAUAUAAUCUCAUAUGAAACCUUAUAGUUUGUGGCCCUAAAAGUUUGUGGAUCUAAACGUUUGUGGCCCCAACAGUGUGUGGUCUUAAAGGUUUGUGGUCCUAGCAGUUUGUGGUCCCCAAAGGUUUGUGGUCCCCAAAAGUUUGUGGUCCUAAAAAUGUAUGGCCCUAAAGGUAUGUGGCCCUAAAAAUUUGUGGUCCUAAGAGUUUGUGAUCCUAAAAGUUUGUUUUCCUAGAAGUUUGUGGCCAAAUGAUCCGCGUUGAAAUGUUCUGUCCAAUUAUUCGGCCGCCCAAUGACGGCUUUUUUUAAAAUAAAAUCCACUGGUAAACACACUCUGCUGGAUUUCAAGGCUAUCCUAGGGGCGAUGCAGCAUCUGUCCAUACCGAUGGAACACGAAGACAACAAGCUGAGUGGGGAAUUUAUUCUCAGUCAAGAGGCGGAUAAGAUCGCUGAAGUGUCGCAAGUAAGCGGUAAUUAUAUAAUCACGGGAUUCAUUUGUCCCAUGCGUUAUACUUCUUAAAGGAGCAAAAAAAAAAAAAAGAUCUAGAUAUUGAAGGGGGAAAAAAGUUGGGUAUUGCAUUAAAAUAUAUAAGGUAUAUUUUGCCAUGCAUAGUAAUGAUAUUUUUGAUCUAUUAUGCGUAGAACGAGUUGGCCAAACCAAUGUAAGUAAAUGCAUGGACUUAUUUUAUGUAGGAGUUUUGGGAUCACUGCAAAAAGCUGUGGAGUGACCAGGGGGUUCAACAAUGUUAUUUGAGGUCCCACGAAUACCAGCUCAUGGAUUCAGCAAAAUAGUAAGUGUUAUGUGUCAAGACUGAUUUAAUAUCUUUAACAUUACUUAAGUGGUUACAUGUUCCCAAAAUCAUUACAUUUCUUACAGGUGCUAAAUUUCUUCCACCCCUUACAUUCCUUUUAGUUACUAUAUUUCUCCCAUCCAUUACACUUGUUCCAGGUGCUAAAUUUCUCCCACACAUUAAAUUUCUUCAAGGUUCUACAUUUGACCCACCAGUUACAUUUAUUCCAGGUGCUACAUUUCUCUCACCCAUUACAUUUCUUCAAGGUGAUACAUUUGACCCACUCAUUAUAUUUUUUCAAGGUGCUACAUUUCUCCCAUCCAUUACAUUUCUUCAAGGUGCCACAUUUCUCACACGCACUACAUUGCACAUAAUUGUUACAUUUUCAGUUCAUAUAUUUUAUCCAUCCAUUACAUUUCUUCAAGGCACUACAUUUGACACACCCAUUAAAUUUCUUCAAGGUGCUGCAUUUCUCCCAACCAUUACAUUUCUUCAAGGUUCUACAUUACACCCACCCAUGACAUUUUUUUCAGGUGCUACAUUUCUCCCAUCCAUUACUUUUCUUCAAGGUUGCUGCAUUUGACCCACUCAUUACAUUUUUCAAGGUGCUACAUUUCAGCCACCCAUUAAAUUUCUUCCAGGUGCCACAUUUCUCACACGCAUUACAUUUCACAUAAUUGUUACAUUUUCAUUUCAUAUAUUUCACAUACCCAUUACAAUUCUUCCAGGUGCUACAUUUCUCCCCCUUAAUUACAUUUCACAUAAUCGUUACAGUUUCAGUUCCUACAUUUCUCUAUGUUGCCAUAUUUUAAACUGUAUCUCCUCAAAUCUGCAGCUGUUUCAAAUAGGAGAGCUCAAUGUUUCAAAUAGGACAGCUCAAUGUUUCAAAUAGGACAGCUCAAUGUUUCAAAAAGGACAGCUCAAUGUUUCAAAUAGGACAGCUCAGUUUUUCGAAAGUUCACUUUAAUAUAUGAUUUUUACUGCAAUUAGCUGACAUCAAUUGCAGCGUUUCUCAGAGUGGUGGUCCACGAAAUGGCACCGGUCCGCAAACUCGCACUAGUCCGCCAACUGGCACUGUCCGCAAACUGGCACUGGUCCGCCAACUGGCACUGAUCCGCCAACUGAAACCGGUCCACGAACUGGCGCUGGUCCGCCAACUUGCACUGGUCCGCCAACUGGCACCGGUCCGCCAACUGACACCGGUCCACGAACUGGCACCGGUCCCCCAACUGGCAAUGGUCCGCCAACUUGCACCGGUCCGCCAACUGGCACCGGUCCGCCAACUGACACCGGUCCACGACCUGGUACCGGUCCCCCAACUGGCAAAGGUCAGCCAACUUGCACGGUCCACCAUCCAACUUGCACUGGUCCGCCAACUGGCACCGGUCCGCCAACUGACACCGGUCCACGAACUGGCACCGGUCCCCCAACUGGCAAUGGUCCGCCAACUUGCACCAGUCCGCCAACUGGCACCGGUCCGCCAACUGACACCGGUCCACGAACUGGUACCGGUCCCCCAACUGGCAAUGGUCAGCCAACUUGCACGGUCCACCAACUUGCCCUGGUCCGCCAACUGGCACGGGUCCGCCAGCCAUAACGACCCGCACACCAUGAGAUAAGAAACUGGAAAAAGUAAAAUAAAGUUAAAAUAAGAAGUUAAAUGACAUAUGACGGUUAACAUUAAAUUACAAUCUGUAACAGAGUCCUCUGGUCUUGGCUGAUCAAGGAUAACAUUAUUAUAGGAAAUAUUUAGGAUAUAUAUAGGAAAUAUUUAGGACAUACGUAGUAAAUAUUAAGGACAUAUUUAGGACAUACGCAGGGCAUAUUAGGACACAUGUAAGACAUUAUGUAGGAAAUAUGUAGGACAUGUUUAGGAUAUAUGUAGGAUAUAUGUAGGAAAUAUUUAAGAAAUAUGUAGGACACAUUUAGGACAUAUGAAGGAAAUAUGUAGGACAUGUUUAGGACAUCUGUAGGACAUAUGUAGGAUAAAUGUAGGACAUAUUUAGGACAUAUGUAUGACAUAUUUAAGACAUAUGAAGGAAAUAUAUAGGACAUGUUUAGGACAUAUGUACGACAUGUUUAGGGUUAGUAAGAAAGAUUAUAAUAAAUAACGCAUCUGUUUUAAAGGGAAACUUAUCUACUGGUCCUUGGUGCAACGGUAAACUUAUCCACCGGUCCAUAGCUUAACGGAAAACUUAUACACCGGUCCCUGGUGCAAUGAAAAUCAUAUCCACCGGUCCCUGAUUUAAUAUAAACUUAUCCAUCGGUCCUUGGUUCAAUGGGAAACUUAUCCACCGGUCCCAGGUUUAAUGGGAAACUUAUCCACAGGUCACUGGUUCAAUGAAAAACUUUACCACCGGUCCCUGGUUCAAUGGGAAGCAUUUUCACCGGUCCCUGGUUCAAUAGGCAACUUAUCCACCGGUCCCUGGUUUGAUGGGAAACUUAUCCACCGGUCCAUGGUUCAAUUGGCAACUUAUCCACCGGUACCUGGUUUAAUGGGAAACUUAUCCACCGGUACCUGGUUUAAUGGGAAACUUAUCCACCGGUCCCAGGUUUAAUGGGCAACUUAUCCACCGGUCCCUGGGUCAAUGGGCAACUUAUCCACCGGUCCCUGGUUUAAUGGGCAACUUAUCCACCGGUCCUUGGGUCAAUGGGCAACUUAUCCACCGGUCCCUGGGUCAAUGGGCAACUUAUCCACCGGUCCACCAACCAGGCUUGGGAAAGUCUGAUGGAUAGGAUAGGCAAGAUAUCUAUUCCCAAGUAAAAUCUGUCUUGUGCUGCACACCACACAACAGUAGUAAACCUACCGUAUCCUGUACGUGUACUUGUUUCGAAACCUAAGGUAGAUCUCUAAUCUAUCACAAGCAUGUUGACAUGGGGCACACACACAAAAAAACAACAACAAAAAACAAACUUUCUCUUUCAAUGAAAUAUAUGGUCAAUCUAUGGCCGCCUUAUCAGCUUGUUGUGUGUGUCUAAGGAGGGUCCUCUACUGAUAACCGGCUUGGCGAGUUUUAAAGAUGUUGGGGACACUUGCAGAUACCAAACACAAAUAGAAGAAAGAAUUCACAACGAACUACAUGCACACGAGGAUUUAGCGGCACACGCCUGAAAUAGCUGAUGUGUGUGUGUGUUAUUUAGUCCAGUGUGGAUGGGUCAUGGCUAUGAAGGUCCAGUCUAUAUAGGUCAAGUGCGUCUGGGGUCUGUGUUUGUUGUUUCCAAUUUAUGUAGAUUUAGUAUGAGUAGGUCUAAUGUACGUUGUUAUAGUGUGGGGUGGGUCUUUUCUAUUUAAGGUCCAGUCUAUGUAGGCUGUGUAUCUAGGGUAUGUCAUUGUAGUUCCAUUGUAUGUCGUUUCAAUGUGUGUAGUGUCAAUGUGUGUAGUGUCAAUGUGUGUAGAUUCAAUUUACGUAACUUUAUUUGUAUGUAGCUUCAAUAUAAGUAGCUCCAAUGUAUUUUUCCAAUGUAUGUAGUUCCAGUAUGUGUAGGUCCAAUGUAUGUGAACAUAUUGAACUAAGACCCCUGGUUGUAGUACAACCUCUACCGUGGAUUUUAUUCCACCCUAACUUUACGUCCAAUCUCCUACAAAGUUUAAUUUAUUUCGUACGUCCAAUAUCACUACGAUCUAUACACUUACCUAAACCACUCAGUUGCAAUAGUUUCUAAUCAUAAGCCUAAUUUAAAUGCAUUUGUGUCGAAUUCAGGUGUUGACAUAUUUUCAACGGUUUUUCUUUAGUUGGCACGAGUAAAUCUUAUCAAUCUAUUUCGGGUGCUUGUAUCCACAGCUCAAAAUUUAAAAAAAAGCCUCAUACAACAUAUGAUUUAUGUUUUCUUCUUGUGUACUUUCAGUUUUCUGGAUAAAGUUGAUGAACUGCGUACACCCAACUAUGCCCCAUCAGAUCAGGUGAGGGACAAAAAAUAAAGACAUUUGCAAAGCUAAGCGUUAUUUUGUUUAUGUUUAAUGUUCAUUUUGUUUGUGCACUACCGGUGUUUACUGAAGAUUUACACAAAAAGAUAUUGUCAGCUGUUACAUGCAUUCCUUGAAAAUCACUAAUUUGUCACAUAUUAUUCACCUUCUCGCUAUGUCAUGUUGAAUAUGUUCACCAUUUUAUCGCAGAAGUUAACUAAUAAGAGAGUUGUUCACAAUUUUAUCGCAGAAGCUAGCUAAUAAGAGAGUUUUUCACCAUUUUAUCGCAGAAGUUAGCUAAUAAGAGAGGUGUUCACCAUUUUAUCACAGAAGUUAACUAAUAAGAGAGUUUUUCACCAUUUUAUCACAGAAGUUAGCUAAUAAGAGAGUUGUUCCCCAUUUUAUCACAGAAGUUAGCUAAUAAGAGAGUUGUUCACCAUUUUAUCACAUAACUUAGCUAAUAAGAGAGUUGUUCACAAUUUUAUCACAGAAGUUAGCUAAUAAGAGAGUUGCUCACCAUUUUAUCACAGAAGUUAGCUAAUAAGAGAGUUGUUCACCAUUUUAUCGCAGAAGUUAACUAAUAAGAGAGUUGUUCACCAUUUUAUCACAGAAGUUAGCUAAUAAGAGAGUUGUUCACCAUUUUAUCACAGAAGUUAGCUAAUAAGAGAGUUGUUCACCAUUUUAUCACUGAAGUUAACUAAUAAGAGAGUUGUUCACCAUUUUAUCACAGAAGUUAGCUAAUAAGAGAGUUGUUCAACAUUUUAUCACAGAAGUUAACUAAUAAGAGAGUUGUUCACCAUUUUAUCACAGAAGUUAGCUAAUAAGAGAGUUGUUCACCAUUUUAUCACAGAAGUUAACUAAUAAGAGAGUUGUUCACCAUUUUAUCACAGAAGUUAGCUAAUAAGAGAGUUGUUCAACAUUUUAUCACAGAAGUUAGCUAAUAAGAGAGUUGUGUGUUUUUUGAGUUGGAGGGAGAGGGAUAUAACUAAAAAUGUUCAAUAAAUUUUGAUACAAACUUACUUUUUUUUAGAAGUGGAUUUAAAAAAAAAACAACAACAACAAAAAACCAACUAAAUUCCCAUUUAAAGAACAAAUCAUAGACUGUUAGAGAGUACAUCACACAAAAUGUCUUUGGCACUAGAACACAAUCUCAGCUAUUCCGUCUCUCCCCUGACAGGAUAUUCUUAGAUGCCGAGCCAUCACCACGUCCAUUCAGAAGAUUGAGUUUGAGGUGCCGGAUGCAGGGCGAAAUGUCAAAUUUAGGUGAGGACGCUCGAGCCCGCCAACAAUUGUGUGUGUGUUCUGCUGACAUAUUUUCGUGUUAGGUUUUUUUUGCGAUUUUAUAACAAAGCCUCUAGCAAGGAACAACUUGUUUCUUUAAUAACAAACCUCUAGCUAAGGACAAAUUAUGUUCUUUUAUAACAAAACCCUAGCUAAGGAUUACUUAAGUUCUUUUAUAACAAGCCUCUAGCUCGGAACAAGCUAAGUUUUGAUUACAAUCCUUUAGCAAGGGACAACUUAUGUUCUUUCAUAACAAGCCUCUAGCUAGGGACAACUUAGUUCUUUUAUAACAAGCCUCUAGCUAAGUAAAAACUUUUAAUAACAAAGCCACUAUCUAGGGACAGCUUAAGUUCUUUUAUAACAAGCCACUACCUAGGGACAACGUCAGGUCUUUUUUAAAACGCCUCUAGCUAUGAUCUUUUUUUGUUCUUUUAUAACACGACUCCAGCUAUGCACUACUUAAGUUCGUUUAUAACAAGCCUCAAGCUGUGAUCGGUUUUAGCUCUUUCAUGACAAGCCUCCUGCCAUGCACUACUGAAGUCCUUUAGCCCUUAUAUUCAUUAAUGCUAGUGCACUUGUGGCAAGAAUUACACCAAGGGAAUGAACACGAGAUUUAGAUUUAAAUAAUGAUUACUGUUUGGUCUCCCUUAGCAUAUCUUUCGAGAUGGUAGGUCGUGUUACCGUUACAACAUCACCCAAGCCUUUCAUAAUAUUGAUUUGCCUUUUAUCUGUCACUGAUACCUUUAUUUACAAAUGUACACGUGUACUGUAUUUUUGCAUUUUCGACUGCAGUGUGUACGAUGUCGGAGGACAGAGAGGCGAACGGAAGAAGUGGAUCCAGGUAUUCGACAAUGUCGUCGCCAUCUUGUAUCUGGCGGAUACUUCCGGUUUCGACCAAUGUCUGAGAGAAGAUCACAGCAAGAAUAGGUUGAUUGAGUCCAUGGAAAUCUUCGAACAGGUUUGGAAU